ACCUUAAUAUAAAGUAUCUAUAUAUAAUAUAUCUCUUGCUCAAAAUCUUUCAGAAACUCCAUUAAUCUCUCCACCUUGAAAAAACAUCAUGGGUGUCUUAGGAACAAUAUUAAGACAUUUGGAUACAACAAUAGGGCCUGGAGUAAUGCUUCUUUAUCCUUUAUAUGCAUCAAUGAGAGCAAUCGAAAGUCCUUCGACGUUAGAUGAUCAACAAUGGCUAACGUAUUGGGUUUUAUACUCUUUCAUAACGCUGUUUGAGCUUUCAGCUUAUAAGAUCCUAUCUUGGUUUCCUAUUUGGCCAUACAUGAAGCUUGUGUUCUGCUUAUGGUUGGUGUUGCCGAUGUUCAAUGGAGCAGCUUACAUAUAUGAGAAUUAUGUGAGGAGAUACGUCAAGAAACUUGGUAACUAUGGAGGUUCGAAUUAUCCGGAGGAGUACAAGAAGGUUCUUCAUAUGAUGACGCUCGAUGCGAGAAAAGCGGUUGAACGUUAUAUUGAUAGAUUUGGUCCAGAUGCGUUUGAGAGAGUGAUUAGAGCAGCUGAGAAAGAAGCAAAGAAGCAUUGAGUGAGUGUAGAUUUAACCAAGAUGGAAUUAGAAGAAUGUAAACAUGUUUAUAAUUAAUCAAUACUGAUGAGUUUCAGAAUUAUUAUAGUUAAACUGAUGAGAUUCUAAUUAUCAUGAGUACAAGGUUGUUCAAUAUUCCUAUAUCAUAUGUAUACUUUUUCAUACAAAGAAUCUUUUGGUUAUCAACUCUUA